AUGGCCGAUGGUGAGGACAUUCAGCCACUCGUCUGUGACAAUGGAACCGGAAUGGUGAAGGCUGGUUUUGCUGGUGACGAUGCUCCGAGGGCGGUGUUCCCAAGUAUUGUUGGUCGUCCAAGGCACACUGGUGUCAUGGUUGGGAUGGGACAGAAAGAUGCUUACGUUGGUGAUGAAGCUCAGUCCAAAAGAGGUAUUCUCACUUUGAAGUAUCCAAUCGAGCAUGGUAUUGUAAGCAACUGGGAUGACAUGGAGAAGAUCUGGCAUCACACUUUCUACAACGAGCUCCGUGUAGCCCCCGAGGAGCACCCAGUUCUUCUCACAGAGGCUCCUCUUAACCCUAAAGCCAACAGGGAGAAGAUGACUCAGAUCAUGUUCGAGACUUUCAAUGUCCCUGCCAUGUAUGUUGCCAUUCAGGCCGUUCUUUCUCUGUACGCCAGUGGUCGUACUACCGGUAUUGUGCUUGACUCUGGUGAUGGUGUGUCUCACACUGUGCCAAUCUACGAGGGAUACGCUCUUCCUCAUGCUAUCCUCCGUCUCGAUCUUGCCGGACGUGAUCUCACAGAUUCUCUAAUGAAGAUCCUCACAGAGAGAGGUUACAUGUUCACCACAACGGCAGAGCGAGAAAUUGUCCGUGACAUUAAAGAGAAGCUCGCGUACGUCGCUCUCGACUACGAGCAAGAGCUGGAGACGGCUAAGAGCAGUUCCUCAGUGGAGAAGAACUACGAGCUACCUGAUGGACAAGUCAUCACCAUCGGAGCUGAGAGAUUCCGUUGCCCUGAGGUUCUGUUCCAGCCGUCGCUCAUCGGAAUGGAAGCACCUGGAAUCCACGAGACGACUUACAACUCCAUCAUGAAGUGUGAUGUCGAUAUCAGGAAGGAUCUCUACGGAAACAUCGUCCUCAGUGGUGGCUCAACCAUGUUCCCAGGUAUCGCUGACCGUAUGAGCAAAGAGAUCACAGCGCUCGCACCUAGCAGCAUGAAGAUCAAGGUGGUUGCACCGCCUGAGAGGAAGUACAGUGUCUGGAUCGGAGGAUCUAUCCUCGCCUCCCUCAGCACCUUCCAACAGAUGUGGAUUUCGAAGGGAGAGUACGACGAGUCGGGUCCAUCGAUUGUUCACAGGAAAUGCUUCUAA